AUGGAUAAUAAUGUAGCUAUAAAUAAAGCAAUUUCAGCUGCGUGGUCAGGUAUAAAAUCUUGGGCAUUUUUAGGACCUCCUGGAAUGUUAAUUGGAGAUUUCAUUGAAGGAUUAAUAAAUUGCAAUGUGUUAACUGCUGCCGUGAAUGCUAUUGAAGAGGGAUUUAUUUGGUAUAAUCAUACUAGGAUAGUUAAAUUGGAAAAGGAGUUACAAAAUAGGCAUAAUUACGGAAUUAAUAUAGAAGAAAAUAGCAAAGAAUUUCAUUUCGCUAUGGCAGAUCUAAAGAAAAAUCUAGAGAAAUUUAAAGAAAUGGUGAUUUUUCUUGAAGAAGAAAAUAAGAGAUUAAAAGAUAUUUUUAAAGAAAAAGAGCAAAUAUUAUCAACCAUUAACCUUUCAGUAAAUGAGAUCAACGACGAAUGGAAUGAAUGGAAUAAAUAUGAAUAA